AUGGUGUGGAAGAGCUGGGGACGGCGGCUCCUGCUGAGCGCGGCCGUGCUCCUCUGCUCGGCCGCUGCUGCUGCUGCCGGCGACGUCUCCCUCAGCUUGACCAGCGCCCCGCCGCGCAUCUCGACGUCGCCGUCGGCGGUGUUCGCCUUCCGUGCCGUGCAGAGCAGCGGCUGGACCUGCGGGGACUGCGCCAUUACCUGCAAGUUGGACGGUGAAAGAAGAUCGGACUGCGGGGGCAACGGAAAUGGGACGGAGGUGGUAACCUUUGCAGGACUCAAGGACGGGAACCACACAUUCGCAGCGUGCGCGACCCCGAGAUCAGGAUCAGGAAGCAGCGCGGGCCCAACCUGCGCCACCUACGCCUGGGAUGUUGACACCGUUCCUCCGACGGCGACGGUGGCGGCGGAGUCGGCCUUCACGGCCGCGCCCAACGUCUCGGUGCUCGUCUCCCUGAGCGAGCUGUGCCCGGGCGGCGGCGGCUUCACGUGCAACGCCACCUACUGCGACCUCAUCGUGUACGGGCCUGGCCGUGUGGAGCCGUCCACCCUGGAGGCCGUCGUGCCCGGCCUGCGGUACUCCGUCGCCGUGUCGGCGUCGCCGGACGUGGACUACGGGCGCAUGAUCCUGGUGAUGCGCAGAGGGUUCUGCACCGACGUGGCCGGCCACCGCUUCCGGAGGAGCUCCAACUCGAGCUUCACCCUCCGCUUCGACAAAAGGAGCGAUUCCAUGAACAUCACCGCCAGCAUCCCGCAGAAGCUCCUGCAGAUCCAGGGCGCGAUGAGGGUGGUCGAGGCCACCAACAACGACAGGGAGCUGAGGAUAUACAUGUCCUUUGCGGAACCGGUGAUGAACUCGUCCGCGGAGAUCCUCGCCGCUCUCACCGCGACCGGGGCCGUGCUGACGCCGACCAACAGGAGCACGCUCGGCAACCGUCGGUUCGGUUUCGUCGUGAAUAAGAUAUCGAGCACAGCUGUUGUGACUGUUGCAUGUGAUACGAGUUCCGUGAUCAGCAGACAGGGGACCCCAGUUUAUUCAUCACAACCAUUCACAUUUCUAUAUGAUACGCGACGGCCUUCUGUUAAACUGGCAACGUCGACCGUGAGGACAAGCUCACACACCAUCCCCGUCUUGAUCAAGUUUGAAAAGCCUGUGUUUAACUUCACCUCCUCUGCAGUGCAACUUUCUGGGGGCAAACUAUUGAGCUUCCAUGAAGCUAGUAAGAGCAUAUACACAAUGCAGAUCCUGGCAGUUGACAAGCUGGUUUCGGUCCAGGUUGCUGAGAACACAGCUCAGGACGUGGCUGGGAAUCCCAAUCUGCCAUCAGACCGCCUCCAAGUGAGACACUAUUCUGUCCCUGCAUCGUCUUCAUCCAUCGCAACCAUCGCCACCGUAAUAUUUGCAGCAACCGCCAUCCUCGCCACACUGCUCACCAUCUCCACAUCAUCGCUUAUUGCAUCCGGCGCCAUGGCAAGGCCUUCGUCUUACUCCAUCUCCGAGCCAUCACGAAAUCUUCUGAGAAUGGCAUGCCACAUCCAGAUCUUCGCUCUGUCGAGAUGGCUGUCGAUAAAUCUGCCGGUGGAGUACUACGAGCUGGCCAAGGGGAUAGAGUGGACAAUUCCGUACAUCCGGCUUCCGUGGGAGGGUCCCUCUGCAGAUCCAUUCGUGGGCUACUCCACCAUGCCAGCCAUUGCGUACUCGGAGCUGGUGGACAGGAGUGAUGUAAUACAGGCUGAUCCCUACUACCCUGGAGCUGCACCAGGUGGUCAGCAGCAGCAGAUUACGCCGAUGCAGAUACCGGUAGAAGGGAAGCCGCCGGCGAUCCCGCUGCAGAUCCAGGCGUUGGAUGGGAAGCCACUGACCGCAAUGGAGUACCGAUCUUUCUUUGAGAAUCAGGACAUGAAGCCUGAAGCGCAGAUUAUCAUGAAGCUGCAAGAUUUGGACGGGUGGAAAUACUUUGGAAGAAACAUGUUGUGGCUGGGUGUCAUUGGGGGAGGUCUCAUACUGCUGCAUCUUCUUCUCCUCCUCUACUUGAGAUUAAGGUACAGAGGAGGCACAGGAAAGUACGGAGCACUCGUCCUCCCCAGAUUUGAGAUCAUGCUUGCAAUCCUUGCGAUGCCUUGCAUAUCCCAAGCGUCUGCAGCACUCAUCAGAGGUGGGACUACCGGAGGGUUGGCAGUGGGGAUCGUGCUCAUCGGCAUCUUGACGGCGUUCCUGGUGGCCUUGCUGCUGUUCCUGUCGCUGGGCAUCACGACGGGCAGGCUGCUCCAGUACAAGGAGGUGCACCAGGAGGGGCAGGAGCACCGCUGGUACCAGGAGAUCGUCAGGCGGUCGCUCGGCCCCGGCAAGCGCGGGCAGUGGACGUGGAAGGACCCCGCCCGCGCCGCGCGGCUCGUCAAGCUCGGCCCGCUGUUCGAGGACCUGCGCGGCCCGCCCAAGUACAUGCUGACGCAGAUCGUCGUGGGCGGGGGCGGGAAGCGGGCGGCGGCGGACCAGCGGAUCAUGGCGUCGGAGGACGAGAACGAGGACGCGGAGGCGCCGGUGAUCCAGAAGGUGUUCGGCAUCCUGAGGAUCUACUACACGUUCCUCGAAUCGGUGAAGCGGGUGGCGCUGGGCAUCGUGGCGGGCGCGCACGCGUCGUCGGGCCGGUCGUCGCGGGCGCACGCCGUCGUGGUGCUGGCCGUCGCGUCGUUCCAGCUCUUCUUCAUGCUGCUCAAGAAGCCCUUCAUCAAGAAGCGGGUGCAGCUGGUGGAGAUCGUGGCGGUGGCCAGCGAGGUGUUCAUCUUCGCCGCCUGCCUCGUGCUCAUCGACAGGAACAGCGGCGACGGCAGGGGCGAGCUCGAGGAGGUCGAGGAGAGCGGCGGCGUGGGGAUCGCCAUGCUCGGCGUCUUCUCGCUGGCGUUCGCGGCGCAGGUGUGCAACGAGUGGAACGCGCUGUACCGGCAGGUGCAGUUCCUGAGCCCGGACAGGAGCUCCUUCCUGGAGGGCGCCAAGGCGGCUUCGGUCGGGCUGCUGCUGCUGGUGCUUCCGUCGUCGGUGCUGGGCGACCCGCUGGCGGGCCAGCAGCAGCAGGAGCCGUCGCCGGAUGGCGGCGGCUCCACGGGCCAGACGGUGCCGGGCGAGGCGCAGAGGAGUUCGAACGAGCGGUCGUGGCUUGGGCAGCUGCGGGAGAUGGCCAAGGCGAGCUUCAGCAGGGACGGGGAGGACCCGUCCAGCAGCACCGCGUUCAAGGGGAAAAGGAGCGGGAGCUCGUCGGUGGCGUCGCAGUCUGCGGACUCCAAGGCCAAGGGGGAGUGGAGGCCCAAGUCCAAGGCGCUGUACAAGGAUUUGGAGGCCAUCUUCUCCAACAGGUAG